AUGGACAACGAGAAUCCGGAGCCCAUUAUGAAUAACGAACUCGUGGCGGUGGAGGAGACUCAAGCCAUGGAGGAGAUUCCAAUCUUGGACUCUGAAAUGCAUCUUGAGAUCUUGAAUCAUUCUAGUCAGCACAACCACCUUAUCGAGAUUGUGCCUCAGAACAGCGUCGAGCAGCCCCCACCCAAGCGCCGCAAAAAGAAGUCUGUCGUCUGGGAACACUUCACCAUCGAGACGGUCGGGUCCGGCAGCAGGAGGGCCUGUUGCAAGAAUUGCAAGCAGUCAUUCGCGUACAGCACAGGCAACAAGGUAGCUGGCACCAGCCACCUCAAGCGCCACAUAGCCAAGGGCAGUUGCCCCGUUGUCCUCCGCAACCAGGACAACAAGGACCCACACACCCCCUACAGCGCCCCCUCCAAGAUGGGGCCUGCCUUCUCUUCUGACCCACCCAAGCAAAGACGCUAUCGGACAGCCGGCGUCCCCUACAUCGCCUUUGAUGCUGACCGCUGCCGGCACGAGAUUGCCAAGAUGAUUAUUAUGCAUGAUUACCCACUUCACAUUGUCGAGCACCCUGGCUUCGUGGCCUUUGCCCAGAACCUCCAGCCUCGUUUCGACAUGGUGAGCUUCAAUACUGUCCAGGGAGACUGUGUUGCCACCUAUCUUAAGGAGAAGCAGAGCAUCCUCAAGGUGAUCGAGGGCAUGCCUGGGCGCGUCUGCCUCACUCUCGACCUCUGGUCCUCGUCCAAUACCACAGGCUACGUCUUCAUAAGCGGUCAGUUCAUCGACAGUGACUGGAAGAUUCACCGGAAGCUUUUCAAUGUGAUCAUGGAGCCUUACCCCGAUUCCGACACCGCCUUCAGCCACUCGGUAGCUGCGUGCCUUUCUGACUGGGGCAUGGACGGGAAAUUAUUCUCUGUGACUAUAAACCAGUCCCUGAGUGAUGCUGCCAUCGACAACCUGAGGGCUCUGCUUUCCGUGAAGAACCCGCUCGUGCUUGAUGGGCAGCUGUUGGUCGGCAACUGUUUGGCUCGCUCCUUGAGCGCGAUCGUCAAUGAGGCCCUGGCUUCCGAGCGGGGCAGUGUAAAGAAAGUGAGGGACAGCGUGAAGUACGUGAAGACGUGGGAGGAACGGUUUGUGGAGCUGAAGCAGCAGCUUCAGGUGGGCAGCUCCAAGGCCCUGUUGAUCGAUGACCAGACUCGGUGGAACACGACUUAUGAGAUGCUGGUGGCUGCGUGCGAGCUGAAGGAUGUCUUCUCCUGCUUGGGUGCAUCCGACCCUGACUACAAAGACGCUCCCACUAGCGAGGACUGGAAGCAGGUCGAGACCCUUUGCAAUUUCUUGAAACCCCUGUUUGAGACUGCCAACCUCCUCCUGACGGCGUCCAAUCCCACGACAAACACAUUCUUCCAUGAGGCCUGGAAGAUUCAGCUGGAGCUGGCGCGUGCAGCCACCAGCGAUGAUCCGUUUGUCAGCCGCCUCACCAAGCUGAUGCAGGAGAAUUUUGACAAGUACUGGAAGAGCGUGUGCUUCAUACUGGCGAUUGCAGUCGUCAUGGAUCCACGUUUCAAGAUGAAGCUGGUCGAGUUCAGCUUCUCGAAAAUAUACGGAGAGGAGUCGGCGUCGUUUGUGAAGAUCGUGGACGAUGGGAUACACGAGCUUUUCCUCGAGUACGUGGCCCUCGCGCUGCCUCUGAACCCGGAGGAAGCAAAUGGCGGGGGCCUCGGCUCAGUCAAGUCCGAGGACCCCAGUGCGAGCAAUGGGCUCGGGCUUACUGAUUUCGAUGCCUACAUCAUGGAGACCACGAGCCAGCUGGCAAAGUCGGAGCUGGACCAGUACCUGGAGGAGUCGCUCCUCCCACGUGUGCACGAGUUUGAUGUGGUUGGGUGGUGGAAGCUGAACCGGAUCAAGUACCCAACCCUCUCUAAAAUGGCCCGAGACAUCUUGUCUAUACCGGUGUGCACGGUGCCUGCGGGCUCCGUGUUUGAUACGGUGCGGAAGGAGAUGGAUAGCUAUAGGUGCAGCUUGCGGCCCGAGACAGUGGAGGCUGUUAUCUGUGCCAAGGACUGGCUACAGACAUCGGCCGGGGGCCAACCGCCGUCAGUUGUGAAGAUGGAGGUUCCUAUCUAG